GCCAGCGGGCGAGAAGCAAGUGCCGAAGGUGGUUUUCGACGUCGUCUACGUUGGAACUGACCAGCUGGCGGCUAAGUUCAAGCUCAAAGAAGGCUACUUCAGCAUCCGUGAGAAGCCGCUAGUAACGAAAGCAGAUCUCGAACAGGCGAUUGCGGUUCUGAACGUGAUCGAUUGCAAGAUCCUGGCGCAGGCGACACUGUGUGCCAAGCAAGAGUUGGAUGACUGCAGGGUGUCCUUCCUGAUAGCUGUGCUUGAGGUCUGGGGUCGCACGGCAGUUGCAUCGCAGGCGGGCCAGGGGCUUGCCGCGAUGGCCCUGGCGAAUGCAGUUCGAGAUCGCAGGUCGCAGUCUACCUUGGCGCGGGGAUCACCGCCUCUCUCCAAGCAGAGUGCUGGCUACGCCGAGGGCGCCAACAAGCUUGCAGCAGGUUUACAACGGACCUACAAGCUGAAGCUGGAGCACAAGUUGUGGUGCGAGAUCAAGAUGGCGGAUCCGAUCGCGCCUUGGCUCGUCAACUCGGCGGGCUGGAUGAUCGCCGCGCUUCAGCCGCGAAGCCACGGGGGUUCUUCCCACAAUAUGCUGCAUGGCAAGGAGUACAGUGGGGAGAUCGCGGAGUUGGGCGAGCACGUCUGGCAUAGGAGCUCAGCCCGAGGUGCUGCUGGACGCGGCAAGUGGGAGGCCCGCCUCGCGAAAGGGGCCUGGGUUGGAAAGAACGAGUUGGACGACGCCCACCUCGUGAUCGACCCAGGGCGCGGCGUGCAGACGGUCAGGGCCGCGCGGAGGAUGCCGGGGGAGUUUAGGUGGCAGCCAGAGCUCAUCCAGAACAUCAGGGCGGCGCCGUGGAAGCACGUCCCUGACGAGAGUGCAGGGCCCAUCGGACGCAGCGUGUACAUCGCGGAGCGCGGGGUCGACGCUCGCGGCCCGACCGACGACUGCAGGACAUGUGGCGCUGGAUAUGGAUCGCAUUUGGCAGCCUGCCGUCAGCGGUUUGAGACCAUCCAGGCCGACCUCCUGCGCGAGAAGUUGGAGGGGGACCCUGCGCACCCAGUGGCUACGGUGGCGGUGCCAGCCCCGGCUGCGGGGGCCCCCGCGCCUGGGGCAGCAGCUGGGCCAGCAGCGGCGUCGAGCAGCAGCGAGGUACCGGUAGCGCCCGCACCUGCUGCAGAGGACGUGGCCAUGCCUCCUGCCCCGGGGGAGGCAGAAGCACAGACAGCCACGCAGACGGAACCUGAUCAGAUCAGGAGCGACUUCCACCGAGGUGAGCGUGCAUGCAGGCGCUGCCUGAUGAGCCACGUCGGCACGGUCAGGGGUUACCUCGGAGAACCACAAGAGGAGCAUAUCGAGCAGAUGGCUGAGGUCAGUGCCGAGUUGCACGACCAGUGGGGCCUACGCUGGUGGAGGUUCGUAGCGACGGAGAUCAACAAGCACGAGGUGCGCGAGGACAACCACCAAGGCACGUCGCCGCUCAUGAUGGUAAGGGCGACGUUAAGCCGCGCCGCAUCGAGCCCUACUUCGACGGGAGAGCACAAGCGGAUGAUCCAGGUCUGGGACGUCAAGAAGGCUUUCUUCAACGCCGACCUUGCUGUGAUGAUCUGUGUUCAUCCUGGGCGCGAGCUGUGCCCUCCUGGAAGGUGCUGGCGGCUGCGGAAGGCCAUGAACGGCGCCGGGAAGGCAUCGCAGAUGUGGGGGGAGCUGGUGCGGACUACCAUGGACGACGGCCACUGGGAAUGCUUGGCGGCGACACCCAACGUGUCCUAUUUUCCAGCGAGUCCCAACAUCACUGCCGUCGACGAGGACAGUGCAGCGAUCUGCCGCGGAGAUGACCUUCUGGCCGAGGGCUACGACGAGCACCUGGACGAGUUGGACAAGUUGCCGAAGCAGCAGUUCGAGGUCACAGCGAGUGCCAGACUGCGUCCUGGAAGACCUGGGUGGACGAACUACCUCAAGAGGAUCAUCGACUACACCGACGAGCUGCCAGGCUCAGAGGAUCCAGGCUUCUUUUGGACAGCGGGUCCUAAGCACGUGGAUUUCAUGAUUCCGUGGGCACAGAAGCGAGGGUGCAACCAGCUCCUAGCUACAGGACUUCAGUGGAAUCCCUACCUGAUCGAGACUCAGAGGCCCUGCGACCUGAAGGUUUACAGCGGCAGCACCGCGGGACGGGGCAUGUGCAGCAGAGUGGGCGUGGGCAAGGUCAGGCACCUGGAACUGAGGUACUUAUGGAUUCAAGAGCGGCUGCGGCUCAAGGCGUUUGAGCUCCUGAAGGAGGACGCCAAUGAGCUGACGGCAGACAUGCUCACCAAGUGCGGCGAGUGGUCGACGAUAGAGACGCACUGCGCCACUCUGAACCUCAUGUUCGGGAAACCGUUCAAGGGAUUGAGCGCGAUGGCAGUUGUCGCGGGAGUCGCGACUUCUGCGUCAGGCGAGAAGGUGACGGUGCACGAGGAGCCAGGCCAGGCACCGGUAUGCCCCGCACUUGUGCCCCACUGCAUGGAUCGCGAAGAGUUCUGGCUCAUCCUGCAGACGGGUGUCUUCGCGGUGAUCGCUGCAGUGUUUGUCCAAGGUUUGCGCGUGCG